AUGUUGAUUUGGUCUACAGUUCGAUGGGAUUUUUGUUGUCCCGAUUUGCUUAGGAUAGUUAUUGUUAUUGUUGCUUCCUCCUACAUUCGGGUAUGUUGUAGCCAAUUGUCGACCAUACACUUCUGCGGGUCUCCAAAGCAAAACUGCAUCGUCGUUAUCUCAUCAAAUGAGGAACAAGUUACUCUCGAAACUCAUUCAUCUAGUUCGACCCAUACAAAGCCCAAUCCUAAGUCGAGUGCAACGGGCUCCAGAGGAAGCAAGAAAGCUCGUGUUUCCAAUUUUGUGCCUUGUCUAUCUAAGCUUCGUGAGAUAAACUUGUUUGAUGGUGAUUUCAGUGAAGUGUUUACUAGGUUAAAGGUAUUCACUGGUAUGUUGUUUCGGUGUUUUUUGCUUUAA